CAGCUAGUGGGGACAGGUUCACCUCUGCUUCUCACACCACUGCUCCUGCUCAGUGUCAGGGGAACCUGAAGGGCUUUUCUGAAGCUAUGAGGGGAGCAAACUGGAGCAGGGUCCCCUCAGUGUUCCUGAGCUGCUUAUGUUCCUGCCUCCUUUGGCCAGUGGUCCCAGUCUGUUGCCUCCAGGCUGGAUCUCAGAGGAAGUAAGAGGAAGAAGUGAAACCUCAACAACUCAAACUGCAAGGAAUGUUUCUCACCACACAUCUCCUUUUAGUGUGGUCACUACAGCUGCAAGCACAGCAUAUUUGUCCAAUGUACCUACCUCAACAGACACUAAUGAAAACAAAUUACAGAGUUUCUUCACAGCUUCUUCACAGAGCAACUUUACUGAGAGCAGAGAGUCCUCCCAGAAAGGAGAAACCAGCAUGGUCACAGGAAUGAGCACAGCAGCCCCUUCGCCCUUAACAAGUGGACACAAUGCUACUUCACAUGUUCCUCGGGAGACAUCCUAUUCUACUGAGACCACAUCUUCCUCCCAUUCUAGUGAUAGCCCCACACAUCUGAGAACUUCACAAAUGACAGCCCCAACCUCAACAACACUCUACAAUGUUGGAAAAACAGACCACUUGUCACUGUCUGUAACUACAACUAUUACUACAGUCACCUCAGCAGUCUCAGAGACAAUUGAAGGAAGUGGAAACACAACAGCAUCCUCUUUCAGCACCUCCACUCACAAUACACCAGCUUCUACACAGAGCCACUUCACUGAGAGCAGAGAGACCUCCCUGAAAGCAGAAACCAGCACCGUCCCAGGAGUGAGCACAUCACCUGCUUCAUCCUCACCAAGUGGAACCAUUGUUACUUCACAUAUUCCUCAGGACACAUCCUAUUCAGCUGCCACCACCACUUCAUCCAACCCUAGUGUCACCCACACAUAUCUGUCAACAUCCCAAAUGACGACAGCCCCACCUUCAACAUACACUGCUCCUGGGAAAAGAGAGGAUAGGUCACUGUCUGGAACUACAACUUCUACUGCAGUCACCACAGCAGUCUCAGAGACAACUGAAGGAAGUGGAAACACAACAGCAUCCUCUUUCAGCACCUCCACUCACAAUACACCAGCGUCUUCACAGAGCCACUUCACUGAGAGCAGAGAGACUUCCCUGAAAGCAGAAACCGGCACCGUCCCGGGAGUGAGCACAUCAGCUGCUUCAUCCUCACCAAGUGGAACCAUUGUUGCUUCACAUGUUCCUCAGGACACAUCCUAUUCAGCUGCCACAACCACUUCAUCCAACCCUAGUGUCACCCACACAUAUCUGUCAACAUCACAAAUGACGACAGCCCCACCUUCAACAUCCACUGCUCCUGGGAAAACACAGGACAGGUCACUGUCUGGAACUACAACUUCUACUGCAGUCACCACAGGAGUCUCAGAGACAACUGAAGGAAGUGGAAACACAACAGCAUCCUCUUUCAGCAUCUCCACUCAGAAUAUACCAGCUUCUUCACAGAGCCACAUCACUGGGAGCAGAGAGACCUCACAGAAAGCAGAAACCGGCACCAUCCCAGGAGUGAGCACAUCAGCUCCUUCAUCCUCACCAAGUGGAACCAUUGUUACUUCACAUGUUCCUCAGGACACAUCCUAUUCAGCUGCCACCACCACUUCAUCCAACCCUAGUGUCACCCACACAUAUCUGUCAACAUCACAAAUGACGACAGCCCCAUCUUCAACAUCCACUGCUCCUGGGAAAACACAGGACAGGUCACUGUCUGGAACUACAACUUCUACUGCAGUCACCACAGCAGUCUCAGAGACAACUGAAGGAAGUGGAAACACAACAGCAUCCUCUUUCAGCAUCUCCAUUCAGAAUAUACCAGCUUCUUCACAGAGCCACAUCACUGGGAGCAGAGAGACCUCACAGAACGCAGAAACCAGCACCGUCCCAGGAGUGAGCACAUCAGCUCCUUCAUCCUCACCAAGUGGAACCAUUGUUACUUCACAUGUUCCUCAGGACACAUCCUAUUCAGCUGCCACCACCACUACAUCCAACCCUAGUGUCACCCACACAUAUCUGUCAACAUCACAAAUGAUGACAGCCCCACCUUCAACAUCCACUGCUCCUGGGAAAACACAGGACAGGUCACUGUCUGGAACUACAACUUCUACUGCAGUCACCACAGCAGUCUCAGAGACAACUGAAGGAAGUGGAAACACAACAGCAUCCUCUUUCAGCACCUCCACUCACAAUACACCAGCGUCUUCACAGAGCCACUUCACUGAGAGCAGAGAGACCUCCCAGAAAGCAGAAACCAGCACCGUCCCAGGAGUGAGGACAUCAGCUCCUUCAUCCUCACCAAGUGGAACCAUUGUUACUUCACAUGUUCCUCAGGACACAUCCUAUUCAGCUGCCACCACCACUUCAUCCAACCCUAGUGUCACCCACACAUAUCUGUCAACAUCACAAAUGACGACAGCCCCACCUUCAACAUCCACUGCUCCUGGGAAAACACAGGACAGGUCACUGUCUGGAACUACAACUUCUACUGCAGUCACCACAGCAGUCUCAGAGACAACUGAAGGAAGUGGAAACACAACAGCAUCCUCUUUCAGCACCUCUCCUCAGAAUGUACCAGCUUCUUCACAGAAACACUUCACUGAGAGCAGAGAGACCUCACAGAAAGCAGAAACCGGCACCAUCCCAGGAGUGAAGACAUCAGCUCCUUCAUCCUCACCAAGUGGAACCAUUGUUACUUCACAUGUUCCUCAGGACACAUCCUAUUCUGCUGCCACCACCACUUCAUCCAACCCUAGUGUCACCCACACAUAUCUGUCAACAUCACAAAUGAUGACAGCCCCACCUUCAACUUCCACUGCUCCUGGGAAAACACAGGACAGGUCACUGUCUAGCACUACAACUUCUACUGCAGUCACCACAGGAGUCUCAGAGACAACUGAAGGAAGUGGAAACACAACAGCAUCCUCUUUCAGCAUCUCCACUCAGAAUAUACCAGCUUCUUCACAGAGCCACAUCACUGGGAGCAGAGAGACCUCACAGAAAGCAGAAACCGGCACCGUCCCAGGAGUGAGCACAUCAGCUCCUUCAUCCUCACCAAGUGGAACCAUUGUUACUUCACAUGUUCCUCAGGACACAUCCUAUUCAGCUACGACCACCACUACAUCCAACCCUAGUGUCACCCACACAUAUCUGUCAACAUCACAAAUGACGACAGCCCCACCUUCAACAUACACUGCUCCUGGGAAAACACAGGACAGGUCACUGUCUGGAACUACAACUUCUACUGCAGUCACCACAGCAGUCUCAGAGACAACUGAAGGAAGUGGAAACACAACAGCAUCCUCUUUCAGCACCUCCACUCACAAUACACCAGCGUCUUCACAGAGCCACUUCACUGAGAGCAGAGAGACCUCCCAGAAAGCAGAAACCAGCACCGUCCCAGGAGUGAGGACAUCAGCUCCUUCAUCUUCACCAAGUGGAACCAUUGUUACUUCACAUGUUCCUCAGGACACAUCCUAUUCAGCUGCCACAACCACUACAUCCAACCCUAGUGUCACCCACACAUAUCUGUCAACAUCACAAAUGAGGACCGCCCCACCUUCAACAUCCACUGCUCCUGGGAAAACACAGGACAGGUCACUGUCUGGAACUACAACUUCUACUGCAGUCACCACAGCAGUCUCAGAGACAACUGAAGGAAGUGGAAACACAACAGCAUCCUCUUUCAGCACCUCUCCUCAGAAUGUACCAGCUUCUUCACAGAAACACUUCACUGAGAGCAGAGAGACUUCCCUGAAAGCAGAAACUGGCACCAUCCCAGGAGUGAAGACAUCAGCUCCUUCAUCUUCACCAAGUGGAACCAUUGUUACUUCACAUGUUCCUCAGGACACAUCCUAUUCAGCUGCCACCACCACUUCAUCCAACCCUAGUGUCACCCACACAUAUCUGUCAACAUCACAAAUGACGACAGCCCCAUCUUCAACAUCCACUGCUCCUGGGAAAACACAGGACAGGUCACUGUCUGGAACUACAACUUCUACUGCAGUCACCACAGGAGUCUCAGAGACAACUGAGGGAAAUGGAAACACAACAGCAUCCUCUUUCAGCAUCUCCACUCAGAAUAUACCAGCUUCUUCACAGAGCCACAUCACUGGGAGCAGAGAGACCUCACAGAAAGCAGAAACCGGCACCGUCCCAGGAGUGAGCACAUCAGCUGCUUCAUCCUCACCAAGUGGAACCAUUGUUACUUCACAUGUUCCUCAGGACACAUCCUAUUCAGCUGCCACCACCACUUCAUCCAACCCUAGUGUCACCCACACAUAUCUGUCAACAUCACAAAUGACGACAGCCCCACCUUCAACAUCCACUGCUCCUGGGAAAACACAGGACAGGUCACUAUCUGAAACUACCACUUCUACUGCAGUCACCACAGGAGUCUCAGAGAGAACUGAAGGAAGUGGAAACACAACAGCAUCCUCUUUUAGCAUCUCCACUCAGAAUGUACCAGCUUCUUCACAGAAACACUUCACUGAGAGCAGAGAGACCACCAAGAAAGGGGAAACCAGCAUGGUCACCAGACUGAGCACCACAGCCCCUUCAUCCUUACCAAGUGGAAACAAUAUUAUUUCACCUGUUCCUCAGGAGACAUCCUAUACAGCAGCCCCUGGCCCUGCAGUCACCUGGAACUCCACCACCAUAUUCACAGAUCAUCCCACACUCCUGUCUGACAUCAGCACUUUCUCACCAUCCACAGUACACUCAAGCUCCACUGUGAAGACUGAGACAUCAGGAGCAAUCACAACCUCACUGAGGACAGACAGUGAGAAAAGCACAGCAACAUCACUACCCUCAACAACUUCCCAGACCCUUAUAACCUCAACUCCCAGCACAUCCACAGGCACACACUCAACAGUUACCCCAGUCCCUAUCAAUCCUGAGAAAGGUGUUUCCCUCUUCCCCUAUGGGCCACAUGUUGGAGAUCAGGAGUUUGUCAGGAGGAAAGCAGACUUCACCUCGCCGCUCUUCAAGCCCCAGAUUGGCUUCCCUUUCGGCUCCUCUCUCCGAGAUUUCCUCUACUUCACAGAUAAUGGUCAGAUCAUUUUCCCGGAAUCAGAGUACCAGAUUUUCGCCUACCCCAUCCCUCCCCUUAGAGGUUUCACAGACAGGGACCAGCUGGCCAUUGUGGCUCCAUUCUGGGACGAUGCUGAUUUCUCCAGCCACAAGGGAACCAUAUUUUACCAGGAAUAUGAGACUCUCUAUGAUGACUACAAACCACCUGUAGUCCAGCAGGUGGAAUCUUGGAUUAAAAAGUUUACAAACACCUGGAACUACAAAGCCAGGUGGACCCUAAAGGUCACAUGGGUCAAUGCCUCUGCCUAUCCUGCCCAGUGGACCUAUGGGACCAGCACCUACCAGGCCAUCCUUUCCACAGAUGGAAGCAGAUCCUUCACCCUGUUUCUCUACCAAAGUGGUGGGAUGCAGUGGGAUGUGACCCAGCACCCAGGCAAUUGGGUCCUCAUGGGCUUCUCCAGUGGAGAUGGGUAUUAUAAAAACAGCCCACUGACAUUCCAGCCAGCAUGGGAGAAGUAUCGUCCAGACCAAUUCUUGAAUUCCAACUCAGGCCCCAAGGGGCUACAGGUCUAUAAUCUACACAGUAGAGAAAGACCCAACUACCGUCUCAGGUGCCUGCAGCGGUUGAAGAGACAGCCUCAGUUGCCCAGCUUGGACUGGGACCACAUCUCCUGCCCUUGCUCUUGGCAGCAGGGACUAUGGGACUUACGGUUCCAGCCCAUCCACAUAGGUUGGUGGGGCCUCAGCAGCAGGCAGCUGUGCAGCUUCUCCUCCUGGCGUGGGGGCGUGUGUUGCAGCUACGGGCCAUGGGGAGAGCUUCUCCAAGGCUGGAGAGUGCAGAGUCUUUGGCAGCUUGAGCAAGAACUAGAGCUGCAGGACUGCUGCUGCCGCAAGACUGACCAUUCCUCCUUCUGCGUCCUGUACCACCAAAGGCAGCCCCGCAUCAGCUGUGCUUGGUACCAGCCCCCAAGGCCCGCCUGGAUGUUUGGGGACCCCCACAUCACCACCUUGGAUGGUGCCAAUUAUACCUUCAACGGGCUGGGGGACUUUCUGCUAGUCCGAGCCAGGGACGGAAACUCCUCCUUCCUGCUUCAGGGCCGCACUGCCCAGACCGGCUCAGCCCGGGCUACCAACUUCAUUGCCUUUGCUGCUCAAUACAAUACCAGCAGCCUGGCUCCCAUCACGAUUCAGUGGCUUCUUGAGCCCAAUGACAGAGUCCACGUGUGGCUCAAUAAUCAGGCUGUGACCUUUGAAGAUGGCGAAGACCAGGAAAUCUUCAAUACCACUGGAGUUGUAAUGAACCGCAAUGGCUCCCUGGUGUCAGCCAGCUUAGAUGGGACAGUGAUCGUCUCAGUGAUUGCUCUCUCCAACAUCCUUCAUGCCUCCUGCAGCCUCCCAGAAGAGUACCGAAACCAUACAGAGGGCCUCCUGGGGGUGUGGAAUGACUCUCCAGGUGAUGACUUCAAGAUGCCCAAUGGCACUGUUAUUCCCCAAGGGAGCACUGAAGAGGAACUUUUUCACUAUGGAAUGACCUGGGAAAUCAAUGGAACAAGCCUCCUUGGCAAGAGGGACAACCACCUGCCUUCCAACUUCACCCCGGUCUUCUUUGACGAUCUGUUGCAAAACGGCUCCUUGACCUCCGGGUGUAAUGGAGACAAACAAUGUAUCCAUGACACCCUGGCCACAGGAAACACAGAGACUGGACUGCAUACUGAAAUGCUCUUGAGAAGAUACCAGGAGAUGAACAACACCCUCAAUCAGUACCCGCCCUCUAUAGAUGGUUCCCAAGAGUUGAGAGCCCACGUGGGGAGCACCGAGUGGAUUCACUACAAAAGCAAGUCUAAGGACGUCACAUUCACUCUCAGAAACAACAACACUGAUGACUUCAAGCUUUUUGAGAAUGGAACAUUGCUGUGGACACCAAGCUUGCUGAAACCAUUCACUCUGGAGAUUCUAGCAAGAAGUGCCAGGGACAACUUAUCAUCUGUACUCCAGCCAAAGACUGUGGUCUGUGCUUGUAAGGAAAAGAAACAGUGCUUAUACAACCAGACCAGAUGGGUGGGCAAUUCCUCCCUGGAGGUGGCCGGUUGCAAGUGUGACAACAACAAUUUUGGUCACUACUGUGAACGCUCCAAGGACCUCUGUGAUGAGCAGUGCUUCCCGAAUGUUAAGUGCAUCCCUGGGCAGGGCUGCGAGGCUUGUCCUUCAAACCUAACUGGGGAUGGACGUCACUGUGCACCUCCGCAAUACUAUGAACUCUGUCAGAAUACGUCCUGCCCUGUGAAUUACUGCUACAACCAAGGCCACUGCUACAUCUCCCAGACUCUGGGCUGCCAGGCCACCUGCACCUGCCCCCCAGCCUUUACAGAUGCCCGCUGCUUCCUGGCUGGGAACAAUUUCACUCCAACCCUCAAGUCAGAGCUUCCAUUAAGAACCAUCCAGAUCUUUCUCAGUGAAGAAGAAAAUGCCUCUGCAGAAGAGGUCAACACCUCGGUGGCCUAUAGACUGGAGAACCUGGAUGUACGGGCCUUUGUACUGAACAGUGAAGUGGAAAAAAUUGGUCGUCCAGUAACACUGACCUCAGGAAAAUCCCUUCAACAAUGGAGGGUUGUAUCGAAGUUCCAGUACCGCCUUUGGGGUCCUGUCAUCGACUUCCUCAACACCCGGCUGCUGGAUGCAGUGGUGGAGGCAUUUUUACUACAGGCCCCGAGAGGGCGUUGGAAGAGAAGUGAGGGGCCCAGGAACAACGUGGUCUUCAACACCAUCUCCAGAAGAGAUGUGCACAGUUUGAGGGCCUGGAACGUGAGCAUACUGCGGACUUACUUAAAGUGCAGUGGCUACAAGGGCUACAAACUGGUCUACAGCCUGCAGGGCGGCUUCACCUGCAUGUCCCCCUGCAGCGAGGGCUACUGUGAGCACGGAGGCCAGUGCCAACACCUGCCGGAUGGGCCCCACUGCAGCUGUGUGCCCUUCUCCAUCUACAUGCCCUGGGGCAAGCACUGUGAGCACCUGAGCAUGAAACUCGGCGCCUUCUUCGGGAUUCUCUUUGGGGCCCUGGGUGCCCUCUUACUACUUGGGGUCAUAGCAUUUGUGGUCCUGCACUUCUGGCGCUCCAGGGCCCAGUACUCCUACCCCCUGGACUCAGAAAGCUGAAGCCUCGCCCCCCAGGGGGAUAACUGUGCCUUCAGAUACCUCAAGACCCUCCCCAGCCUCACCUGCAUACUUCCAGGCGCCUUUCCUUUGGACAGAUUGGAAAAAGGAAGAUGACUGAAGGUCAUUAAGGAUUCUUCAAGGAGAAUGAAUAAUGGGAAUGAAUAAUGAUAAAGAGGAGCACAUUUAUCAGUAGACACAGAGGUGAACUGGAAGAGACUGUAAAGAUCUACAUAAACCAAUGGAUUCUCACAAGGAGAACACUGAUACACACACACACACACACACAAGAGUGGGGUGAUGGCUCCAACUUAAAAACCAAAAUGCAUUUGCACAUAAAACUCUCCAGUUUACAUCUAAGUAAAGUCUAUUUAAAUAAAAUCUCUCUGACUUACUGUGUUUGCAGA